GAUGUGUAUUUUUGUGUUUUUAGUCAAAUUUAGGUGUGGUUGUCUUUAUCACACGCAAGAGAGCUGAGAAAGAAAUGUAAAGUUUUUUUGCAAAUGCAGAACGGUCAUGCAGUAAGAUAUUGAGGUAACACAUUUUGUACUUUGGGCGUUUAUUCAGUUCGAUAUGAAACGCUGCAGUCUGCCGUGUAGAAGGGAAAUUUCUUGUGUAAAUAAAAGUUGGCUAACUGGUUUAACAGUGGGUAUAAGAUUGAAACUAACAAGGCAUGAAGGAAUGUUUUUCUUUCAAAGGUGCCAAAUUAAUUACCCUUGAAAGUAGAGCUUGCAGAUAAGAGGCAUUGUAUUCUUUUUUUAAUGCUCUGCAGCACUGCAUGGUGGCAUGUUUUACCCUGUUUAGAAGACACCUGUGUUUUGUGUCUUUCAGUGAAACCUUGAGGGUGUGUGUAGUCAGAGGGUCAGACUUUUUCCACAGUCCGCGAUGCUGGCACUGUCCAGAUGUUCCACCGCUUUGAGGUGGAGACUUUCCCUGCGCUACUCUGCCCUCUCUCUGGGGAACUCUACCAUGAGCAGCCAGCCCUCCACCACAGCCAGGCCCCCGAUUCUAAGAAACCAGGCUGCUCUGUUUCACCAGAGUAGACCCAAAGCCAGUCCUGACCCAAACAAGAUCGCCUCAGUGUCUGGUUCUGCGCUGGAGGGGGAACUGUUCGGAAUGGGGAUGUGGUCACUGGGUCUGGGUGCUGUCGGAGCUGCCCUGGCAGGGAUCCUCCUGGCCAACACUGACCUGUGCCUUCCCAAAGCAGCCAGUGCAUCGCUGGAAUACCUUGAAGAUGCAGACCUGCGCUCCACCACAGAUGAUGACAAGGUCAUCAAAGCAAAGAGCCUGUGGGAGACGAACGGCGCUGUGGUCAUGGCCGUAAGAAGACCUGGAUGAUUUUUGUGCAGAGAGGAGGCCGCUGAGCUGUCCUCUCUGAAGCCCCAGCUGGAAGAGCUCGGGGUCCCUCUGGUCGCUGUGGUGAAAGAGAACGUCGGCACAGAGAUCCAGGACUUCAGACCGCACUUUGCUGGGGACAUCUAUAUAGAUGAAAAGAAACAUUUCUACGGCCCGCUGCAGAGGAAGAUGGGCGGUCUGGGCUUCAUUCGCCUGGGAGUGUGGCAGAACUUCAUCCGGGCCUGGAGGUCCGGUUACCAGGGCAACAUGAACGGAGAGGGCUUUAUCCUGGGGGGUGUUUAUGUCAUCGGAGCGGGAGAUCAGGGUAUCCUCCUGGAACACCGCGAGAAGGAGUUUGGUGAUAAGGUGGACACGGCAGAUGUGCUAGAGGCUGUUAAAAAAAUUGUACAGGUGAAAUAGUUUGUUGUAGCAUUCCACAAAGCUCAGAUACACUGUAUUAGAUCAAAACUAGAGUUCUAAAAUAAUGUACAGUUUAGGAAUAGAUAUUAUAUUGACACUUAAGUCUGUUUGCAUUGUCUCAUAUCACAUUAUACCUCUGUCUUUUGCACAGUAAUUUCCUGUUGGGUACGAAAAAUUGAGCUGUGAAAUUCAGGACAGAGCCAAUGUUAUUACAGCGUUUGUCACUGAUUGUUGCGUUUACCUCUUCAGACAACGAUAAGUUAGAUUUUUGACACGGGUAU